CCCACUAAACCUCUGCUCCAAACCCCGGAAAAUGACAGUGACAGUUAAAAGAAGUUUUAUUAUGUUCUGACAAUUAUAAAUAAUAAAAUGGUUAAUUGAAUUUAUUUUUAAAUGUGUUUGUGUUGUGAAUGUUUGAAUUAUGUCUACCCGAUCGCAGCUCACCAAGGAUUUAAACGAAAGCAUCAAGUCUUCAGUGGGAAAUAAAGUAAAAAUACUUUUUAAAAAUGUCGUUCGACUCGAGACCAAGGGAGACAAGACUGAAAAUAGGGUCCUGGUAUUUUCCCCAUGUCGAAUCCUUGUGCUCACAGCAAAGGUGCCAACAAAGAUUGACACGCACUUCCACUACUUGGAAAUACAAGCGUUGGAGAGCAAACGGGGUAACCAGUUAAGUUUAACGGUCAACGACAAGGUGUAUUCUUUCCUUGUUGGUGAAGAUUCGGCCUGCAGCAUUGAGGUGGACAAUAUGAUAGGUGCCCUGAACAAUGCCAUACGAAAUAUAUUUCCUACGGUACCUCUGCAGCACAUAAUAAGAAAGCUCGAGGUCAUACCAAACACUAGGCUGCAGCAAUUAAGAGACUUGGAGGCUAUAGCGAGUAGCAGGAGGGAAGUCGGACCGUGUGGAGGAUUUUCUACUCAAUACGCGUGCUAUUGCGAUUACCACGGUAUGACAUACAGGGAGGAAGUGGCGUGGGACGUCGAUAACAUCUACGUGUCACUAAAUACUCGCGAAUUGAACUUAAAGGAUUUCGAGUAUUUAGAUCAAAAAGAUUUGAUACCUAUCAUCAGCGCCCUCGAAUAUAACACCUGGUUCACCAAAUUGAGGGCGAAUCAAAUCAAGCUGUCCCACGACAAUAUGGAUAAAAUACUCCACAUUUUGCGCAAGUCGCUAAACUUGGAGGAGUUGUAUGUUGACAAUUUGGGACUUAAGGCGGAUUUUGUAAACAAAUUAUCGAACACGCUGAAGCUGAAUCCCGGCACUGCUCUGCAUACUUUGGACUUAUCUUACAAUCCGAUAGAGGAUAAAGGUGCUUCCUAUUUGGGACAAGGCGUUGGCAGGCUCAGCAAAGGAUUCGUCCACUUAAACUUGGCCCAUUGCGGCAUUAGCUCUAAGGGUGUUAACAAUAUGGCAAACGCGCUUUGCGGCAACACGAGUAACUUUACAACGCUUACUUACCUCAAUCUGAGCGGGAAUAGUCUUAAGGACGACAUUAGUCAUUUGCAUAAUUUUUUUUCUCAAGCGAACGCUCUCCAGCAUAUAGAUAUUUCGUCGACGGAUGUAAUUCUCGAAAAUCUUUUUGGUGCUCUAGUUAAGGGUUGUACUACUAAUUUAGUCCACUUGAACGUGUCCAGAAAUCCGUUUAGCAGUAAAAAAAGCAAAGAGGCUCCAAUUUCGUUCAAGCAGUUCUUCAGUACAACCCUCAACCUCAAAUACUUAAACAUGUCCCAUUGCAAGUUGCCUCAGGAAGCCCUGAAAAACUUAUUGCUGGGAUUGGCCUGUAACGAAUUUACCAAAGAAAUGAGUUUAGAUAUUAGUAAUAAUGGAUUGGGCAGUCAGGGUGCCCACGUGCUAGAGUCGUGCAUACACGGAGUUCGUUGUAUCUCUAGUCUCGAUAUAUCUGACAACAAUAUGGAUUCCGAUUUGUGUAACGUCGUCCUAGCCAUAAGUAAGAAUAAAUCGUUGAAGCACCUCAACAUGGGCCGCAGCAUGAAAAAACACAUGUCCCUGAUAAUGGAUUCGGUGGUGCAAAUAGUCCAAGACGACGAGUGUCUGUUACAGUCCUUAGUGGUGCCCGAUUGUAGAUUAAGAUCGGACCUUUUCAAUUUAUUAAACGCCCUAGGCGACAACAAGUCAUUAGAAUUAUUAGAUAUUAGUGGUAAUUUGAUAGGCGAUUCUGGUGCUAGACUGUUAGCUAAAGCGCUGCAGAUCAACAGUAAACUACGUACAAUCAUAUUGGAUAGGAAUAAUAUUACGUUGCAAGGGUACAACGAUUUGGCGUACGCCCUUGAAAGCAAUAGAACCGUGCAAUAUAUACCGUUCCCGAUAUUCGACGUUACGCCAUGCAUGAAAGCGUCCGCGGAAAGAACGGAUACUGUGAUGAGGAAAAUUCAGGAUCUUUUGAAUCGUAACGUUUCCUAUAAGCAACACAUGACGAAGGUGAUGCCUUUGCAGGCCGGAUUCUUACUGACAUCGAAACAGCAGGCGCUAGAUAGGUUAGUUUCCCAAACUCAGGAGGCCAUUAACAGUUUGGUCGCCGAUUCCAUAAAUUCAAACAACGAUAUAAAUCACGCGACCGACGUCAUACAGGACGCGGAAAAUUGCAAGCAGCUGCUGGUGAGGUUGCAAGAAGUGGCGCAGCACAGAAACGACAAAAACCCGGUGGAGGAGAAAUUGCAUCAUGUAUCCAAUGAAAUUUACACUAGUAUAUGUGAAUAUAUUCAGACAACUGCAGAUAAAAUGCUGAAAUGCUGCAAGGAGCAGUGCCCUUAUGUGUUGCACGAUGACCAAACAGUACAAGACAUUAAAAAAGAGUGUAAAAGGAAAAAAAACAUUCCAUUGGAUGUUGUGACCAGCUGUAUUAAGCAUCAAGCGGGAGUGGAUAUCAUGAAUAGGAUAAGGGAAUUAAACUUGACUAUGGCGUCGCAGUUAUCGGAGCAGGUAACCGACGAAGUGUACGAGGCGCUGAUGAAAAGUUAUAAGAUAUUAGUGGGCGACGCGAGCGCGAUUAGGAUAGAUUCGCCCCUUCGUCGAUCUAGGUUAAGCAGCUCGGGUAGUUCGCGUCACGGGGCGAGCGAUAUUUCGAUUACCGACAGCAGCCACCAGAGCGACCACUCACCAAUGUUAUUGGAGUAUUUGAACUUAGCAACUCCCCACCUCUCCGUGAAACGAAAGAGCGUGCACGGACGCAAAUUAAGACCCAAAUCGGUCGUAGACAGCGUGGAAGGCCUGUCCGCCGACGAUAUACCAAGCCUUCUUCCCUCGUUGCCCGGCAACUCUGAAGAAGAAGAUUCGGUUACCGAAUUGCCCAACGCCAGUCACCACCUCCAACAUCUAGUGAAAGGUAUUUUUCUGAAUAAAGGUCGUCCGAGGAGAGCGAAAACUAGAGCGCCUACGAGGCCGGUGGUUAAGCCGCCUGACGUGACGGACUCGGUGUCUCAGGAUUUGGUCGAAGGUUUGGACACGUUCUUCCGCCCGGGUUCGGUGACUCCCACUUCGGACGACUGUCACUCGUUCCAAGCGGACGGUAGCCCCAAUCACGAAUUCGCGUCGCCCAAUUUGAGCGAUGACCGAAAAACUCCGAAACUCAGCCGGAACUCACCCCUGUUGAGAGGCUUGAUGACGCCCACUCCAAGGUCAAGGUCGAUCGAUAACUUGGAAAAGUUUUCACCGUCGUCGUUACGGAAAAACACCGGCGAUUCACCUCUGAGUAGGAGGCUGACAGGCGAGAGUUUGCUGAGUCAGGAAAGCAGCGACGGCAGUUUGGCGGCCGAAACGUCAUUCGAUCAUUCGCCAAGCAGCACUCUAUCUAAAGAAGAUUCGGAGUCGACUAAAUUUCUCAAAUUGAAACCGUCGCCGGCAGUGGCGCCCAAACCUAGGCCCUGGUCGAUGGUCAAUUCGGAAGCGAAAUCGGGGGACCUGCUCAGUGACGGCUCGUCGCCUAACAAUUCGACCGGUAAUACACCGGACUCGGCCGAAGCCCUCGACAGCUCCGAGUCCUCGUCGAUAGAUCGCCGAAUAUCCAAGGAUAUUAAACUGAAACGUGGAGGUAUUUUGCAGAAUUAUUUCCCAGAACGAGGCGAUUUCAAGUUUUUAUCCCGUUAUAAGGGGAUAACGUGUAAACAGGGCCAGUCUUCAAACAGCACUGAACGGAGAGACAACAAUUUCAACUGUAGGGACACGGAGGAUGCACAUAUUAGUAGAUAGGGUGACUGUAUGAGAAAAGUUCUUUCCAUUUAUCCUAAAAGAAAAUCGGAAAAUAGUCGUUAGACGUUUAAAAGUACAUAGGCGUAGAUUGAAAAGGGAAAAAAAUUAAGGGUUUCCUUGUUGUAUUUUUGUUACCUUGGCUUUUACAUUAGGCAUAUAUUUUCUGACGAAAAGGAAAUGAAAUUCUUUAGGGCUCAAGUUCAAGCCGCCCGGUGCGAUUAAAUUUCGACUUGAUUGUUGAACCAAUUGGUUCAACAGUUUAAUGAAGGUUUACGCUAAGGGGUUCAAAGUAGUGAUAAUUCACGACUGCCAUAUAAAGUUUUAUUAUAAAAUGGAUAACUCACAAUCCUUGGUGGUAUAGUUUUUAGCGCCGCAAGAUAAUUUGCGCGAAUGUAAAGAAAGUUUUUUUUUGCAAAAGUACCAUAUUCCAACAGCCAUUUUGUCUAAUUAGAAUAUAUUCCUUUUUACAAAAUUGUGAUUGGUAUUAUAUAGACUGAAUACUUACAAAGAUUUUUGUUUCCCUCUUAUUGUCGAAUCUUUGUUUUGGCAUAAACAAAUUUAAAAUAAUGAUAUGAGAUAAGAAAAUUUAUGUCAAAAUCUGGAUGUGUAGAUUUCACAUUUUUAAUUUUAACAUAAGGUCGAUAUAUUUUUAGACAAAUGUGAAGUGUGAUUUUUCUCCCUCUCUCUAAUCUAUUUGAUUUGUGAUAAAUUGCAUUUCAGUGUAGCCUAUUAUUACAUGUAUAUAGAAUGAUUUUUAGAGGACAUUCCACUGUUAGAGGUAAAGUAUUAACUAAAAAAUGUCUCAAAUGGCCUAAAAUCUCAAAAAAAUGCGUCAUUAUGUGGCAGAAAGUCCUCGCGAUUUCCUCUUGUCUGAGUUAUUUUAUUCUUUUGUGUUGUUAAAUUUAUAUUUUGUACAUCUAUGCUUCCAUUUAUGUAGUAAUCCUUUUUAUACUUUAAAAUAAAGUAUUCAGUAAUAUAUUGUUUCAUUUAACUUCCAUUAUUAUUUAAACAUUAGCUCCGAACUCAAUUUUUAUUGUAAUUUGCUUAUCAGAUGACAUAAAUUAACAAAAACUGAUGAACUAUACAUAAUGGAAUAUUUACAGCAGCAUUAAAAUUCUAAAUUCUAUUUAUCAGAGUAUUUCCGGUUCUCCAUAAAGCCCUGAAUAUAUAAUGAUCCAUGUAACC